AUGCAGAAGAGCAAUGAAACAAGGGUCGAGGAGUUCAUCCUGGAGGGCUUCCCUGCUGUCCAGCACCUGGGCACACUCCUCUUUGCCAUCCAUUUAGUGCUAUACUUGAUAUCCAUGACGGGAAACACAGUCAUUGUCAUCCUCACAUGGAUUGACCACCGUCUCCAAGUACCAAUGUACUUCUUCCUCAGUAAUUUCUCUCUUCUGGAAGGCUGCUGUAUAACAACCAUUAUUCCCAAGCUCCUGACCAUCUUUUUCUCUGGUGCACAAACUAUCUCCUUUGCAGCAUGUCUUACACAAUUCUUUUUCUUCAUAUUUUGGGCAUCAACAGGUUUAUUUCUGUUGAGUAUAUUAUCCCUUGAUAGGUACAUUGCAAUCUGCAACCCACUUCAUUACCAUAGCAUCAUGAACAAGAGGGCCUGUAUACUGUUGGUUGUAUCCUGCUAUAUUUUGGGUUUCAUCCUUGUCUUCAGUCUGACAUUAAAGAUGUCUGCCUUAUCAUUCUGUGGACCUAAUAACAUUCAUCAUUUCUUCUGUGAUCUGGGUCCUCUGACCCAUGUCUCAUGCUCUGAUGCUAGUGAGGUGGAAUCAUUGGGCCUUUUUUUCGCUAUGCUUAUUGUUCUGUCUUCUCUUGUUAUAUCUGUCAUAUCCUAUAUCAAUAUAGUAAAAACAAUAGCACAUCUCCCUUCAGCCAAAGAACGGCAGAAAGCUUUCUCCACAUGCUCUUCCCAUCUCAUUGUCCUCUCAGUAACAUAUGGAAGCUCUAUUUUUAUGUAUGUGAUACCAAAGCAAGGUAAUAGGUUAGAUACCCAUGGAGAGUUAGUUCUUGUGAACACUGUGGCAACCCCUGUGCUGAACCCCUUCAUUUAUACUCUACGAAACAAGCAGGUGAAACAGGCCUUUAGAGAUGCUCUGUACAAAAUUAAAUUGUCGAGAUAG